AUGAUUUUAAUUGGCUGUGGAGUUGAGGAAACGGCCUUGGUUCUUAGAAUACCAAUGAUACCAACCAAUCUACCAUUCCAGUUUAAACGGUUCCAAUUUCCCGUGAAACUAUGUUUUUCAAUAACCAUAAAUAAUGCACAAGGUCAAACAUUAAAUGUUGCUGAUUUAAACCUAACCGUUACCCAUAGUCAUUUGUACGUAGCUGUAUCACGUGUCACGUGCAAAAAAAAAUUGUUCGUGUUGGCCCCAGAAGGUGAGACACUUAACGUGGUGUGUCCAGAAAUAUUUAAUGCUUAA